CUGUGAUGCGGUUCCUCCACAGCGCGUAGGAGCUAAACUCACUCUGGCUGGAGCCCUCCGGGACAGAGCCAAGGUCACUUGGCAGUGGAAUUCAUCACUGGAAGUUAGCCUCAAUUCUAAUGAAAUUAAUAAGCAGUCACAAUACUUCAAAAACACUAAAUGCUGAAAAUAUGGAGACAUUAAUUGAAUGUCAAUCAGAGGGGGACCUGAAGGAACAUCGGGUGUUGGCAUCAUGUGACAAUGAAGAUAACAUCUGCCAGCUAAUUGAAGUUAAGAAGAGGAAGAAGGGGCUAUCCUGGCCUUCUCUCAUGAGAAGGCUCUCUCAUUUAUCUGAUUUUUCUGGAGCUUCAGAACCAGAACUGAAAACAUCCCUCUUUGAUCAGCCCUUGUCAAUUAUCUGCGGUGACAAUGACACCCUGCCCAAACCCAUUCAGGAUAUUCUCACUGUUCUGUGCCUGAAAGGACCUUCCACUGAAGGGAUCUUCAGGAAAGCAGCCAACGAGAAAGCCCGGAAAGAGCUCAAAGAGGAGCUCAACUCAGGUGGGGCAGUGGAGCUCCGUGGCCAACCAGUGCACCUCCUGGCCGUGGUCUUCAAGGACUUCCUCAGAGGCAUUCCUCAGAAGCUGCUGUCAUGUGACCUGUUUGAGGAGUGGAUGGGGGCCCUGGAGAAGCAGAAUGAAGAGGACAGGAUCGAGGCCCUGAAACAGGUUGCAGAGAAGCUUCCCAGGCCCAACCUCCUGCUUCUCAAGCACCUGAUCUAUGUGCUUUACCUGAUCAGCAAGAACUCAGAGACCAAUAAGAUGGACGCCAGCAACCUGGCCAUCUGCGUCGGUCCCAACAUGCUGGCCCGAGACAAUGACCAAAAUCUGUCCUUCGAAGCCCAGAAAGACCUGAACAAUAAGGUUAAGUCACUGGUGGAAUUCCUCAUUGAUAACUGCCUUGAAAUAUUUGGGGAGAACAUUCCAGCACAUUCCAGCAUUGCUUCUGAUGAUUCCCUGGAACACACUGACAGUUCAGACACGUCCACCCUGCACAACGACUCAGCCUAUGACAGCAAUGACCCCGACGUGGACUGGGGCAGCACCCUGGGCUCCCCUUGCAGUCAGCAACAGGUGCCCUCGGACCAGGCCGCCAGCUGGGCCCCCCAAAGCACAGAGCGGCAGUCGUGGGAGCUGAGUCGGGAACCCACCCUGGCCAUGGUGGCCAGGCUCAGAGGCACUCUCGGGGCAUCAGACAGGAGCUACUCGGAGCCCAGCAUGCCAUGCGCUCCAAGGGACCCCGAGAGCCAGAGGUUGAGCCCCCUACUUGGAAGGCAGGUGCGGGGCUUCCAAGCGGAGCACUCAGACAGCGAAGACCCCGAAGACCCCUUCCCGGAGGAAGAGGCAGAGGAGGAGGAAGAUGAGGAGGAGGAGGAGGAGGACGAGGAGGAGGCGACUCCAGGUGCAGAGGGCCCAGCCCAGCGCCUGCUGGACCCCAGCGGGAAGCAGACGUGCCCACGGGCUCCCCAGGCCCCCCGGGGCUCUCUGGACACUUCUUCUGAGGGCUCGCCCACCGCGUCCCCCGCCAGCCCCAAGCGCGGCUUCUUCACUCGACACCAGUCCUUCACCAGGUGGGAGAGGAGCAAGCCUCAACGCACGCUCAAGAAGCACUCGCUGUCCUUCUCCUUCCCCUCGCCGCCCAGGAUGCUGCCCACUGUGCCCAGUGCCAGUCCAGCGUCCUGCAGAGGCUGCCACCGAGACCAGCCCGCCAAGGGGCCCAGGAAGGAAACGCGGCUGGCCGGGCGCAUGGUCCGGGAGAGCCUGUGGGACUGGCCAGGCCCCAUGGCCCCGCUGGACUCCAGUUCAGCGCGUAUGCUCGGGCAGCUGGACCAGCAGCGUGCAGGGCAUCCUCCCUCUUACCAGGAGGCCAUCCGGACUUCAGGCCUGGCGGCCAGCGGGUGCAGGACCGUGGGCAGCAUGAGGGCCCGGAUGCUCAGCCUGGACGCUGGACGCCUCCCGCUGCUUCCUGCCCAGCACGCGGGGGAUGCCCUUGAUGGACACACCAGCUGCCCUGGGAUCAGGAGUUGGAAACCCAGUGAGACUGUGUGUGCUUCUGCGGACACUACAGAACCCGGGCGGCCGGAGCUGCACAGACUCACAACCAUGACUGAGUCCAGACCCGCGGACAAGAGGGACAGCCUUCUCUGGAGGUGCAGUCAGCCCGUGUUUGAGGCUGAGCAACUACAGUGUGCUAAAGAAUCCUACAUCUAG